GGGAGUAUCUUUUAAUGAAAGCUUUUUUACCUUUGUUGAGUCUGGAUAAGUGUUUUAUGAACAUGGCUUCUGCCCUUUUCGCUUGCACAAAAUGCAACAGCCGCCAUCCUUUUGAAGAACUCUCACAAGGGCAGCAACUGUGUAAAGAUUGUCGUGGGACUUUUCCAUUGGUUAAGUGUACCUAUUGCAGGACUGAAUUCCAGCAAGACAGCAAAGGAAGUACUACAUCUGUGUGCAAGAAAUGUGAACAGAAUGUGAAACUUUAUGGAAAGCCUUCAGCCUGCGAAUACUGCAAUAUUAUUGCUGCUUUUAUUGGUACAAAAUGUCAGCGCUGUACAAACUCGGAGAAGAAAUAUGGACCCCCUAUGACGUGUGAGCAGUGCAAACAAAGAUGUGCAUUUGAUCGCAAGGACGAGAGCCGGAAAAAGGUUGAUGGAAAACUUCUCUGUUGGCUGUGUACCCUUUCUUACAAGAGAGCCUUGGCUAAAGCCAAACAAAAUGAUCAUGCAAGACACUCAAGAAGUUCUCUUCAUAAAAGCCAUCGCCGUUCGAACUCAAGUUCUCAUAACCGUAAACAAACUUUGAGCCAUUCAUCCAGCACCAAAAAUUCAGAUAAUCCCAGUUCAAAAAAACGAAGAUUGGAAUUGAACAAAUCUACCAAUGGUGCACUGCCUCCAAGCGCCACUGAAAGUGCCCUGAUGGAUCCCAACAGCAGCGACCAUGUGGUUGCCAUCACCCAGUUAAAGGAACAAGUAGCCCUGCUUCAGAAACAGUUGUUGCAGAAAGAUCAGCAACUUUUAAACAAAGAUAAACAG